AUGGGAAAUGGAAUAAUCGACGACAUGAGACAGAGACUUGGCCCUGUUCGAAAGGGUCUCAAGAAUUGGCGUGCGGUAUGGAAUCGCCGCUUGGGUAUUGAUCGGUCAAACACAGGCUCGAUCACUUCAUUCGACAUUUCCAUUGAGCCUGAGACAGAAGCUCGUAGUAGUCAAGAAGAGUUGAGUAUUGUGGUAGAAAGGGACCAGGGGCCUUAUCACAACGAGAAUUGGCGUAGGCCUGGGUUCUGGCGCCACGCGUCCGAAUACUGGUUGCUCUGUCGAAUCUUCGUCGAACGAAUGGAAUCCACUGAGAUGGGGCUAGAUGCGGCCGAAACUCUUUCGGGGUUGGAAAAUGCGAGGUCUCGGGCUGAGAGUAAGAUCUUGGACCGCUACGACGAAACGGAUAUGGAGGAGUUGCGGAGAUUCCUACUUGUUUGUGUCGGGAGAUGA